AUGGAUUUCAGCAUGUGGACCUACGAUGUUCUUCUCAACCAAUGGAAUACUACUGAGACAAUUGGCGAAAAGAACCCGCAACGAGUAUCGUAUGGCGCAGGAACGCAAGUCGAAAGUCGUGGGCUGGGAUUCUACUUUGGCGGCUGGCUCAGCAACAAAACAACACCCGGUUGGACUGGACCCCCAAUGGCUACGAGCGGUCUGAUGCGAUUUGACAUGUCUACCGGCGACUUACAGAAUACAACCGGUCCAGAUGACAUCGGGAGAGCUGAAGGACAACUAGUAUUUCUACCUGUCUCAGAUAGCGGCGUGCUUGUUUACUUCGGUGGCAUCGAAGACUCGUACCGCAACGGUAGCUUUGACGCAACCAUACAUGUCUACGACAUGGCUUCGUCAAAAUGGUAUACACAGACUGCUUCCGGCGAUAUACCUGACACCCGGAGGCAAUUCUGUGCUGAUGUCACCUGGCCCGAUGACCAGUCGUCUUUCAACAUAUACCUAUAUGGUGGAUACGGCUUCGAAAAAGCAGCAGCGUACGACGACGUCUACAUCCUAUCGCUUCCAUCAUUCACAUGGAUCAAGGUCUUCAGCAGUGAUGAUGUUCCCUCUCAAGUUGGUCACGGAGGUUGUAGCGCAAACGUCGUCAACCAUGCGCAGAUGUUAGUCAUAGGCGGCUGGUUUCCCCUUUACGACAAAUGCGAUGCACCCGAGGGACAAGGACAACACAACAUGGUUCUAGGAUACAACGGUGGGGACUCGAAGCUUUGGGACAAGUUUAGCCCUCAGCUAGACGACUACGUAGUACCUUCACCUAUUAUUGCCGCAGUUGGAGGCGGGCCUACCGGAGGUGCUACAAAGACUUCGCCAUCAACCUGGGGCCAUCCAGAUCUCGCUACUUACUAUACACUCAAACCUACUUUCACAGCAAGAUCGGCAACUCGCUCUCUUCCCUCAGCUACAGAGUCAGCAUCUGGUGGAAGCUCAAAGAAGUCAAACGUAGCAGCCAUCGCUGGCGGCACAGUUGGAGGACUGGUGGCACUAAUUGUCCUUCUGUGUCUUAUACUCUUCUGCUUACACCGGCGAAAGAAGUCUUUGAAGAAGAAAGAGGCCGAGACUCCGUCUAGUCUCCCACCUGCUGAACUUGCCACCACGGUUCCCCAUGAAAUGGCCGACACAGAUGCUAGCAAGUAUGUUUCCAUGCACGACCAGGCAGGCUCUAUCGCCCUUGCUCAUUAUCCUGGUCAUGUUCAACAACACUCACACUCCGCUAGCCACGAAUACAACUCGCCCUACUCGGCUCAAGGCCCUCCCUCGUACGGUCACGCUCCCCCAUACAUAUCUCCUGUUGAAGGCGGGCACACAGGUCGGUCACCACCCGGAGAGCAAUUCUUUACCGACGACGUCCUUGGAGUACCCAAGUUCAAUAUCCUCAGUCUGCACUGA